GCAAGUGUAACAUGGGGUGGGAGUUCCAGUCAAAGCUGUUGAGAACCUCCUCUCUCUCUCCACUACACACGCUUGCAUAACCAUAUAAACCUUCUCAAACAUGCAUAGCUCACAUCUGUACUGACAAGCUUUCCUAAGUGGAGUACACUUGCUCUCUGAGGAUGAUUUGGAAAACAGUUUUGCACUACGCCCGGUUCGGACUCAUCUUGACUUUAGUAUCCAGCCAGCUCACUGAAAAACAGAAGGAGGAGAUCUUGAAUCUGCAUAACAUCUACCGCUCCGUGGUCAAACCUGAAGCUGCUGAUAUGCUACACAUGAUGUGGGAUAAUGGACUAGCUUUGGUGGCUGAAGAUUAUGCUGCUCAGUGCAUAUGGGAGCACAACCAGGCAGUGAUGAACGAACUAGGAGAAAACCUCUAUAUCACCACAGGAACUUUAAGUCUCAACAAAUCCAUGGCUAAGUGGUUUGAUGAACAAAAAAAUUACGACUAUGCGAGCAACACGUGCGAGACAGGCAUGUGCGGACAUUACACACAAGUAGUGUGGGCGAAGAGCAGCGGCGUCGGCUGCGCCACACACCUCUGCAGGACGGUUGAGUAUACAGACUAUAAGAACGCUACAAUUCUGGUCUGCAACUACUACCCACCAGGGAAUGUAGUGGGAAAACACCCAUAUGAAUCAGGAGUGCCAUGCUCCAAAUGUCCAGAGACGGCGAUUGAAUGUAUAGGAAACACCUGUGCUCACAUUGAGAUUAGUGUAACAGAGGAGACCGGUUUGGACACACAGCAAACAGAAAAACCUUGGACACAACCCGUGAGUUCGACGGGAUUUACAAACCUCUCAGUGGCUACGUUACUGCUUGUUGGUCUGAUGAUUGCUUUUAUAUUUUAAAGACUUGAAUAUGAUUGCACGGCUAAAGCCACCAAUCCUGACAUGUAAUCCCAAGACAUUUCAAAGAAUCAUGGAUGAUUCUUUAUUUUAUCCUUUAUUCAUAACCACUAGACCAUCACCAGUGACAGCGUUCAUAUCAAAUAUUAGUGGGUGUUUUAGAGCCGCUUCCGAUUAUAUUUAGCAAUCACAUGGCAAAAUUGCACCGUAGGGUCAGGUCAUGUGUAAAAGCUACACAAUGAGAGAUUUUUCUUGUUGAUGUAUAAUAUGAUAAUUAUUCUUAUUCUUAUUAUUCUUAUUAUUAUCUUAUGAGAGAAAAAAUGAUUUAAAAAUAGUAGAAAUACAUAUAGGGAAAGACAACAUCUGACUUCUCCACAUUCUCUUUUAUCGAGCCAGCUAUAACUUUAGCUCACAGCUAUCAGCCUCUGAACCACAUAAAAUCCUGUAAAGAGCCUAUAACAAUGUUUUAUAUAUCUGGUUAAAAUUAGUAGCUUGCACUGUAUACUCUGUCUUGUCAUUUUGAUUACAAAUAAUCUUUCAGAAUUGUAAUACAUAAACUCUGCAUAAUCUUUAGAAAUCUCACAGACGACAUUUCAAGCUAGUCUGCUAGCGCUUGAGCACUAAAGUUAAUGCUAACGGAAAGAAGCUUUGCUCAUUUAUUUAGCACUGAGUAAAUGUCUUUGAGUACAUCUUUGACUACUUUGGCAGUGUCAGAAAUGCACACGAUGGGUGUUGUUGUUACUAUUUAGACAUAUUACUUGAAUAAAUAGCCAUCAGGUGUGUAUUAAUUGCCUUUUUCAGUAGUCUAAUUCCGUCAAAAAGGAUUAGGAUUAGCUUGCAAUACCACAUUUUUCAACGUUAGCUGGUCCGUACUGAAUGUACAAGGUACAUUCAAGGCUCACGUAAUAAAAAAAAAGUUUAGAUUAUUUCAUUUGUUGUGUAUAGCAAAAUGUGUGAGUGAUGACAUGGCAUAGUAUCAGUCAUUGAAUUAAAAAUAAUGAUGAAUUUGUUUUUAUAUUCAGUUUACAUGUGAUUUAAUGUAAUGCACUAACUUGUGAUAAAACACAAGCUGGAAAAGAAAAUUUCAGGAUAUCCUGCAGCCUGGGAAAAUAACACAAACUGGAACUAAGUGAAGUAACUGUAGUGUCAUAAGCAACAGAAAGUCUGGACGUAUUGUGUAGUAUUAGACAUCAGCACUUUGUUUUAAAAAAAAAAUCUUAACUGUAGACGUGUAAUUCUGUUUGUGUGUGUUGUAUUUCAUUUAAUUGUAAGAUUUCUUUUAAAACAUUGUAUCAAACUACUAAACAGUUGUAUUACUUUCUUGAUAAACAUGGUUCUAUAACCUUAAGACUUUUUUUUUAUUUCAUACUGUCAUUAAAUCCGGUUUCUACAUUUGCCUCACACUUCCAGGGUUGGUGGUUCGAAUCUCUGAUAUCUCUAAAUUGUCUGUAGUAGGAUGUCCGUCUAUUUAGUCCUCUGGUAUACACUCCAGGCUCCCCGUGACCCUGUGUAGGAUAUGUGCUACAGAAAAUGCAAGGAUGUCAUAAAAAAUACAUUUUCUCUGUGUAUUAAAUUGUUCUUAUUGAAGCUCUUUAUCUAUUUCAUAUUCUAUGUUUAAGAGAAUACAGAAGGGGGCGACAGAGUCUUAAUAACGUCUCAUAAUAAUGACUUCAGGCGUUCGAGUGCGACCUGAUGAUACCUCACUCUACACACACACACACACACACGUCGGGGCAUUGAUAUUCGUCUCAGUGCUAAUUGUUUGCAAUAUAAUUUUCCAAACAAUGAAAGAAAUGUGUUUUUUCAGAAACAAUGUUCAUACUUAUAAAUCCAUACAUUUUAAUGCAUAUUUAGUAUUUAAAAGACAUUAUGUGAAGUGGAUAUAUGCCCUGGACUUUACAAAAACAAAAGUGUCUGAAUAUUUGUUUCCCCUUAUUGUGUACAAUCUAUGUACAAUAUUCAGUGAAUAAAACCCUGAACCUGA